AUGAAAGGGACCGGUGAAGGUGUUUGGAAUCCGGAUGUUUGCCCGCUCGUCGAGUUCCUCAGAGCGGUCGUUGUUUCAGCAGAAUGGACCCUGCUGAACCAGGCGUUUCAAAUCGCAGGAGUCGUGGCAUUGGUGGAUAUGGAAGAACUUCACCUCACUCACCUUCUUCACUACACACCGUCGGAAAUCAGAAGGGUGUUCAAGCUAGUUCAGGAGUGCUACCCCGUGCGCCUCAGGGGUAUCUACGUCGUAAACAACCCUCCAGUCUUUCAGCUCUUGUACGCUCUCGUCAAGUUGGUGCUGAAGCCUAAGCUUCAGAGGAGGAUACACAUCAUUGGGCGCGACUACCAGAAGCUUCAUAAGCUCAUUCCUCGCGAACGACUGCCCGAAGAAUACGAUGGCACCCUGGAAAAAUACGACUACGACGAUCUUGAAAGGAAGUUGCUAAGCCAAGAAAACUUUUUUGUGGAGCUUGGCAGCUACGGCUACCAGUAAAGACAGCCAGG